UGUUGCCAUGGCGGCGUCCCUCGGGCAGGUGCUGGCUCUGGUCUUGGUGGCAGCUCUGUGGGGUGGCACGCAGCCGCUGCUGAAGCGGGCCUCCACCGGCCUGCAGCAGAUUCACGAGCGGACCUGGGCCCGGCAGUUGGUGCAAGAGAUGAAGACCCUCUUCUUGAAUACUGAGUACCUGAUGCCCUUUCUCCUGAACCAGUGUGGCUCCCUUCUCUAUUACCUCACCUUGGCAUCAACAGAUCUGACCCUAGCUGUGCCCAUCUGUAACUCUCUGGCCAUUGUCUUCACGCUGAUUGUUGGGAAGAUCCUUGGAGAAGAUAUUGGUGGAAAACGAGCAGUCGCUGGCAUGGUGCUCACCGUGGCAGGAAUUAUACUCUGCAUUGCAAGCUCAGUGAACAAGCCUCAGGGGCAACCAUCUACCCUUUGAAUGGGCUGACCCCCAACUCCAGCUCUGCUGUCUCCAGGAAGCCCCUGGGCCAUGAGAUGCAGGCAGUGAGCAGAUGGACCUAGUACUUUCCCUCUCUGAGUUUCGCUUCCACAUCUCUUAUGGGACAAUAGCUACCUCAUGGAUCAAUAAGAGAUCAUGGAACAAUAAGAGAUCAUGAGUGAAAGGAUUUUGUAAACUUCAUGUGGUGUUCGGCUGCUGGGACUAAGCACAGGAGACUUUACAUUCACCCUCAGCAAUCUUUCUGUCCCAGCAGCUCUCUUUCUGCUGUCAUCUCAGGCCCCUAGCCCAGCCACUAUUACUCUGGCCUGGUCUGGACUAUCCUGGUGGCAGGUUAAUGGACUGCAGAACCUCAGCUUCAUGGAAAGGGCCAACUGCGGUCUUUGAGCCAGAAAUGCAAACAGGAGGCUUCCAGGGCCCAGGGACAGUGCCUUGGCUGCCUGAGGGGUGGA